AUGAGCUCACGGAGCGGUCUGGCGCCGUUUGGCAAGUCUAAAAGUCGGCGAGGGGAGGUAGGCAGGUGGAAGCAGGGUUUUGUGCGGCGUGUUGGGGGGGUUGGGGUUGUUGUAGUAGCCCUCCGCAGGAGAAAAGCGCUCCGCAGGAGCACCCGGAGGGCCGCCGGAGGCAAAAGGGGGGUCCCAGGGGGUCUCCCCCUGGAAAUUACCGGUUAAGCAGUAAAAA